AUGUCCGACGAAGAUCACAAAUCUGAAGUAUAUGACACACUUACUAAUAUCCUGAAUGAAAUUGAUGAUCUACCAUUACAUCCGAAAAACAAAAUUCUCUUAUAUAGUCGUUAUGUGCUUUCCAAAAUCUCUUGGCACUUCACUGUUUCUGACAUAGGCAAAACCUGGGUUAACGAUAAACUAGAUAGUAUCGCGUCCACGUAUAUCCGAAAAUGGCUUGAACUUCCUAUUUCUGCAACCCUUAGUAACGUCCUACUUCCCCACAAUAAAUUUGGAUUAAAUAUCAUUCUACCUUCAACCAAAUUCCUUCAAUGCCAAACUGUUUCUCGGAAAGCCCUAAAGUCGUCGCCAAAUCAAGCGAUCAAUAACCUUUGGAAGGAUACUAGCAAUCACAAAAAUGUACAGUAUGACAAAUACAAAAACACCAAAGACGUAUUAAACACCAUCAGAAAACAACAUGAAGACAGGCUUCAACACCACCUCAUUUCACAAGGCUCAUUUUUCUCCAAUAUCAUUAAACAUUCUACACUCUCAUUCAACUCUAUAUGGUCCUCCGUUCAGAGUAAACUUCCCAAGAAUAUAUUUAACUUCACUAUCCGGUAUAUAAAUAACACUCUUCCCACUCGCAAAAACCUUCUGAAAUGGGGAAUAUCACCAACAUCCGAAUGUUCGUUUUGUUUGAAUCCAGAAUCACUUCUUCACGUCGUCGCUGGAUGCAAGACCUACCUAAAUGAAGGACGUUUCACGUGGCGUCAUGAUUCGGUGCUUAACUUCAUAGCAUCCAUACUUAAAUCUGUGAACCAUUGUAACCUUAAUGCUGACCUUCCUGGCUAUAUCAGUCCAUCUGUUAUCACCGGAGAUGAAUUGCGCCCUGAUCUUUUGAUAACACUUGAAAACAAAUGUAUUUAUAUACUUGAACUUACCGUCGGAUUUGAAUCUAAUCUCCUCACUAAUGCAACUCGAAAAAGACAAAAAUAUCAAGAUCUAAUUAACGAACAGCUCAAAAAUUAUGAAAAAGAGAAAUUUGUAAAUUUAUCGAUUAGCUCAUUAGGAGUUUUCAGCCACCCGUCGCUAGAUUUCACCGAAAUGCUGAAAGAUCUAAAGUUUGAUGAACAAUGUAGAAAGUACUAUGUUCGGAAAAUUAUUAAUAUAUGUAUCAGGCCCUCGUAUUAUAUAUUCUGUAAGCGUAACAAAGAAUGGGAUAACCCACAACUAAUGUCAUACUAA